AUGGGUUGGCUUGCUCGAUGUUUUCAGUCACAGGCUGUUCAGCUAUCUGCAGCCCGCUUUUUGAGCUUGGCAUUUUCGACCUUAGAUAAGGACUAUCUUGCAUCCAGAAGCGAUCCAUCUGCUCGAGAUUUCUUGCUGUGGACAGUCACUCAAUUCAGAAGCCAUGAAAUGAGCAGUGCCUUUGCAGAACAGGUUGCCAAGAAUAUUACAUACCUUUUCGACACAGUCGUACGAUCAGAUGAAGCACUGAGAUGGUUUUGCCAUAAACUCUGCUCGAUGUGUAAAUUUGAAGUGGUUAAAUUGCCUAAUGAAGCCACUAGGCGAAUUAACAUCUUCAAAGUUGCUGCUGCUGUAAUUUUAAAGGUGGAGCCGUCUCACACUGGCAUUGUGGUCGAUGCAUUUUUACCAUCGUUGUAUCGUGAAAUGCAAGGCAAAUCGGCACAGAAUACGGAAGUGCUGGAACAAAUAUCGAAAGAAGUUGCGGAAACUAUGAAAGGAAGAAUUGGCGAGGAAGAAUUUACGAAGCGGAUUUCAGAAUGUCAAAAACAGUCUGCUGCUAAAUUUGAAUUACGGAAGCGCAAGCAGAAAGAAGAACUCAUUCUGGAUCCAGUUUAUGCCACACGCAAAAAACUACGAAGGAAUAAAGCGAAAAGUGGAGCAAGAAGGCGAAAAUUUGGACAGAAAAAACGUUUAAGAACUGGAAAGUCAAAUUGA